GUAUGGUUAGCUUCUUUUACUAAAUAAAUUGUCGCUAAGUGUCUUUUAUAUUAACCAAUCUGGUCAAUUAUCGCAUAUGGUUAGAUUUUUUUUUUUAUUUAUUUUUAUUUAUUAAUAUGGUCAAUUAUCACAUAUGGUUAGCUUCUUUUACACAAAUUAUAGGUAGGGGUCAUUUUUAUUUAUCAAUCUGGUCAAUUAGCCGGUCAUCGAAGGUUAUAGAUUUUCUAAACCCUGGGAGUGAGAGAUAGCUAAAGUAGGUAGAGCUUCUCAUCCUCGUACAUUUUCUAAACCCUUCCCAAAACCCUCAAUACAACUCACAAAUUUACACCUUCCCCUCCAAUUUUUCCUGCCGCCAUCUUCCCGUCGACGUCUUACUCACCGACGGCCGCAACCGCUAUUUCACGUUUUCAAAUUCGCCGCUAAAAGUGUGAGAAAUCUGAUAAAAAUGGUGGUUAGGGCGGAGAAGAUUGUUCCUGCUACUGAGCUGGAUGAUGAGGAGAUGGAUGCAAAUGUAAAGAAGUAUCUUAGAGGAGAAAGUGCUAAUUUGGAGGCUUUGCAAGAUAAAAAAUUGAAGGGACAGCUUGCUGUUAAAGAAGAGUUGUUUAAACGCUCUGCAAAAACAGCAGCCAAUGUUGAAAAGUGGCUUCUGCCUUCAGAAGGUGGUUUUUUGGAGCCUGAUGGUAUAGAAAAGACAUGGAGGAUAAAACAGGAGGCUAUCGGCAAAGAAGUUGAUAUUCUAAGUUUAAAGAACCAAUUCGAUAUGGUGUUACCAGAUCUUGGUCCUUACAAGCUUGAUUUUACCCCAAGUGGGCGUUAUAUGGCAAUUGCAGGGCGCAAGGGCCAUUUAGGUGUCCUUGAUGUGAAAAAUAUGAAUUUGAUUAAGGAAUUUCAGGUACGGGAAACUGUACGAGAUGUUGUGUUCUUGCACAAUGAGCUGUAUUUUGCUGCUGCUCAAAAGAAGUACCCCUACAUAUAUAACAUAGACGGUGUUGAGCUUCACUGUUUGAAGGAACAUGGGGCUGUAUCGAAGCUUCAAUUCUUAAGGAACCACUUCCUUUUGGCAUCUAUUAACAAAUUUGGACAGCUUCGUUACCAAGACGUUACAAUGGGUACAAUGAUUGCUAAUUACCGGACUGGUCUAGGUCGUACAGAUGUGAUGCAGGCAAAUCCUUACAACGGUAUCAUUGCAUUAGGUCAUUCCAAUGGCUCAUCUACCAUGUGGAAGCCUAUGAGCCCCAAUCCUAUCGUCAAAAUGCUCUGUCAUCAUGGACCAUUAACAGCAUUGGCUUUCCAUCCAAAUGGACAUCUUAUGGCAACUGCGGGAAUGGAGAGAAAAAUCAAAUUAUGGGAUUUGAGAAAAUUUGAGGUUCUUCAGACGAUGCCAGGUCAUGCAAAAUCUUUGGAAUUCAGUCAGAGAGGUUUGCUUGCUGCGUCAACUGGGUCAUUUGUACAAGUUUUCAAAGAUGCUUCAGGGUCUCAGAAUUACAGUCGUUACAUGAGCCAUUCUAUGGCGAAAGGCUAUCAGAUACAAGAGGUUUCUUUUCGACCAUAUGAAGAUGUUCUUGGAAUAGGACAUUCAAUGGGAUGGUCAUCAAUUUUAAUUCCUGGUUCUGGAGAACCAAACUUUGACUCGUGGGUAGCUAAUCCAUUUGAAACAUCGAAACAGAGGCGUGAAAAAGAAGUGCGUUCUCUCCUGGAGAAGCUUCCCCCAGAGUCUAUCAUGUUGGAUCCUAAGAAAAUUGGAACUGUAAAGCCACCUAAAAAGAAGGACAAACCAACUCGGAAAGAGAGAGAAGAAGAGAUGGAGGCUGCAGUAGAAGCAGCCAAGGGCAAGAAGCUGAAGAACAAAACCAAAGGUAGGAACAAAGACGGUAAAAGAGCAAAGAAGAAGCAGGAGAUUGUUGCGAAUGCAAAGAAGCAAAUUAUCGAACAGAAUAUGAAGGAGAACGAAGAGCUGUCAAAAAAGAAAAGGAAAAGAAUCAGCGAAGAAGGAGCUGAUCUACCGAAAUCACUGCAGCGAUUUGCCAAGAAGAAAGCCGAUUAAUUUCAACCAAACACUGUAAAGAAUUUUGAUCCCAGGUAACUGUCCUGUUUCGUUUCUUCAGUCUUCUAUUUUGGAUGUAACAUGUCACCACUCUUUAGGCUCGUGUUUUCGAGUUCCCCUGUAAAAUUUUGUUUCUGAUUUUUUUGUUGUUUUUUUUUCCUCCAUAGCUUAAAUUAUUGAAUAGAACAUGGAAAAUCUAUAGAUUAUUAGAGCAUAUUUGUAUUGAGGCCAAAAUUCCAGCCUACUUUCGAUAAUUUAUCAACGUGGUCUUGUUUCA